UGUAGAGAGAAGCAGACAGAGCCUAAGGAUGCGAUCCCAGUUUGUCAUCGUCUUUGGUCUUGUGGCCAUUUUGGCGGCUGCUUAUGCCGCUUCCACUCCAGCGUCCUCGACUCCAACGUCUUCGACUCCAACGUCUUCGACUCCAACGUCUUCGACUCCAACGUCUUCGACUCCAACGUCCUCGACUCCAACGUCCUCGACUCCAACGUCUUCGACUCCUUCGUCCUCGACUCCAACGUCUUCGACUCCUUCGUCCUCGACUCCAUCUACGAGCACCCCUUCCACUUCCACUUCUCCUUCAAGCUCCAGCACAAGUCCCUCCUCUUCCACUUCCACUUCCCCUUCUUCUACGUCUACAUCGACGAGCCCAACCUCUUCCACCGACACCGACACAUCCUCGACAUCAGACACCAGCGAAGCCGAGGAGAUAAAGGAGCUCAAACACAGAGUUAAGCGGCUGGAGAACGACGAUAGGAAGUUGAAAAGGCAAGUAAAUCGAGUUGCAAGGCAAGAGCGAAGGCAAGAGCGAAGGGGAAACCGAGGUGGACAAAGAGUGCGGCGAUCAAAUGUCCGAGGAACGAGGCGUCGUCGUGCAGGAAGGGGCCGCCGUCUCCGCGGUUAGGGACUAAAACCCAAAUACCCCAGAGGUCAAACCAAUCUAACGAAAACCCAGGUCAAACCAUUCAAAUUAAACCCCAGAG